AUGAAUUCAUUUGAGAUUCUUGGCGAGAUGGCUUUCGGAGAGAGCUUCCGCAAUCUUGACAUUGAUAUCCUGAAUUCUUGGGCGGAUACUGCACUCGAGCAUCUCUACAUCGUCACUCUUAUUGACAAUUUGCGGCGCAUUGGGUGGGUGUCCAAACUUGCAAGACUACUCAUUCCCACAUGGAUCGUCACCAACAAUCAACAUUCGAACUAUAGCCGCCAACAGGUCGAGAACCGUCUUCAAGUCAAAGCGGCUCGCAGCGACUUCGUCAGUCCGCUCGUCGACAAGGUUCGCGCAGGAGAAGUCUCUAAGGAGGAAAUGACAGCUCACGUUUCAACAAUCGCAAUUGCUGGUGGAGAGACCGUGGCAACUACUCUAUCAGCCUUGACAUGUUUCCUCGGUCAGAAUCCAGAGAAGCUGGAACUUCUCAGCCAGGAGAUCCGUGUCGCUUUCAAAACCUACGACGAAAUAACCGGAUCGAAGGCCCAGCAGCUACCAUACCUGCAAGCUGUUAUCAAUGAAGGUCUUAGACUGUUUCCUCCCGCUUCUGGGGGCGCGACCAGGCUCUCUCCUGGCUUUGAGCUGCACGGCCAACAUAUACCUGAAGGCACGGACAUCAGCGUCAGUCCCUGGUCCACCGUUCACAAUCCAGAGUAUUUCUCCGACCCCUGGCAUUUCAAACCAGAGCGAUGGCUGGACCCUCAUUACAAAGAUAAUAAGGAUGCCAGUCGUCCGUUUCUGCUUGGUCCUCGGGACUGCUUAGGAAGAAAUUGA